AUGGGUAAGGGUUCAUCCAAUGCCUACGACGUGCAUACCAAUCCAUCGGGAAUCGUGUCUCUAGGGGUGGCAGAAAACAGAUUGAUGCACGACGAAAUAGCCUCGCACAUCAACUCUCACUUGUCCAUCACCAAGAGGUCUCUCACAUAUGGCGACGGUUCCGUUGGCUCAGACCGAUUACGCCAAAGCAUCGCCGACUUCAUGAAUAACACAGCUUUCCGCCCAAGAAGACCCCUUGAACUGAAGCAAGUCACAGUCCUCGCAGGUGUAUCCUCAGUAAUUGACUGCCUUGCUUUCUGCCUCUGCGAAUUUGGCGAGGGAAUCUUACUCGGCCGUCCGACGUACGUGGGAUUCAUUAGUGAUCUUGUCAAUCGUGCCGGCGUGAAGCCUGUUCUCGUCGAUUUCGAGUGUCAGCCAAAGCCAACUCACCCUACGUCACUAGAGGCUGUAAAGUGCUACGAGGAGGCCUUGGUACAGUCCAUUCAAAACGGGACGCCUGACUUCUGCUCUAAUGGGAUCAGACUUGGUGCCUUUGUAUCUCAGGCAAAUCCCGACUUGCAUGCUGCCAUACGUGCGGUAUCGAAAUUCGCUUGGCCAUCAUCCUUGGCCGACGCAGCUUGGUGUGGCAUUUUGAACGAUGCAGACUUUCUAAGUACCUAUUUUGAUACACUCACUCAAAGAUUAUCCGCCGCUUAUGAGCAUUGCAUUGCGCUCUUGAAGCAGCACGACAUACCAUAUGUGCCGGCGCACGCUGGGCCGUUUAUCUGGGUCGACUUAUCGAAACAUCUCUCUUCUCCUACAGUAGAGGCCGAGCGAGAUUUGGCGUGGAGAAUGAUUGACAACAAGGUUUGGAUAGCUACUGGAGAGGCAUAUCGCUCAGAACGACCGGGGUGGUUCCGGAUCACUUUUGCUGUUGACGAGGCAGAGCUUGAGCUGGGGAUUCAGCGGUGA